AUGGCUGACCCCACAGCCCAACCCACCGACUCCGAUGCCCUUAACCUUGAAGUUUCGGGCAUCAUUCAGCUUAAGCCUCAAGGGGCUGACUCGGAUUAUCUCUAUUGGAGCUUUGUGGUGCUCCUGCACCUCAAGUCUUUAAAGCUGGCCUACGUUUUGGAUCCCGUUGAUACAACGUCUCCCAAUGCCAAACCUCUCGCUUCCUCCUGGGCUAACGACAGCAUCGCUGUCUCGUUUUUCAUCGCUCGGGCCAUUCAUCCGAGUAACCUCCGUUUAGUCCGAUUGCCGCCUCAAUGUGGCUCUCUCUCUCGCAAGCUCACCAAGACUUUUCCUUGGGAGGCCGGUGUGGUGUUCUAA